AGCAAUGUUGCUUUUGUUGACUGCCUGGAGGAUUUAGACUGGAAAAGUCUUCUACUUGUCUUUAGCUGAGCACGGCUAUCGUUUCCACAGCAGUGAGCCAUCUAGCGUGAGUAGAUUCUUUGGUUUUUCUUGAAGAUCAAGUACCAGGUACUAGGAACCACUGUGCUUACCCAUUAUCGCGUACCUAAGACUCAACCCAAAACAAAAUGAUGCAAACCAUCUUACAAAGUGCGUCCACAGCAGCAGCGGACGCUGCUGAUGCAGAGACUGAGAUAUGUGACGGUCUCGGGACGCUUGAGAAACUUAUCGAGAAUGCUUUAAAACCCGGCUCCGAAAACGAGAAGUUUCGUAGGGUACGACCUGGCAACGCAGCUUUGCGUGGAAAACUAGAAUUGCUAGCAAGCUUGACGAUGACACUGGAGGAGCCAUCGUCUUCAGCGUCACCGAGUAGCAGUAGCACCAGCGGUCCUGUUCCUGGCCGACAUAAUCGGAAUCGCUCUUCUGGCAGUAGUUCUUCGAGUAACGAUGACCCGAUCAAUUCUCUGCUAAAGCGUGUGGGCUUUCGGCUUGUAGAGGGUGAUGCUUUGGUUUGGCUACGGCCGAGAGACGAGGCUGAAAGGGAUUUGACCUUGUUGAGGAGACAUACAGCUGAUGGCUUUAAGCGGUUCAAAGAGAGUGUGGCGAAUGUUGUGAAGAAAAAUCAACUACAAGCAAGUGCUAGCAGCAGCAGCAGCAGUGGACCUCAAACCGUGGCGCAACAGCUUGCAGGACUUCGGGGAGAGCGCUCGCGGAAAUACAAAGAAGCGCAAACGCAAGCUGUGGUAGAAUAUUACGAAAAGAAUUACUAUUUAUAAUUCUGUACUUGUAUACCCUUUACCUAACCUUACCUUUUUUUCCUAGUUAGCUUGGCUCCACCCGUAUUAAUAAGGUCGUGAAGCUGCAGUGGUCAGAAGUAGUUGGGUCUAGCAUCAUUUGUUUAUACUGCAUUUGCGGCAAUUUUGUCCUGUGAAAUAUGCAUCCCUCUAAUUACUCCUAUCGAAGCACGAAGAGGCGGAAGAUAUAAGUGGCGUCGACGUUGUAUCGUUGCUAAACAAGAAGGCUGCGAAGUACAUCACCUGCACUCGAUGUAAACAGAGUUAUGAAGAACGGUUUGGAAAAUUGAAUUACAACUACGAGUGUUUCAUCAUAGGACUACAGGCUUCUUUAGUCUCCUCUCCAUUAACCUACAGACAAAAAAGAGGCUUCUGUAAGAAUAGACUCAGCUUCUUCAAUCUAUCUUCCCUAAACCCUAAAACCCUACAUCAAACUACUAACAGAUUUUAUAUUACAGAUAAGUACUCAGCUUCUUUAACCUCCUCUGCGCUACCGGAAAGAGGACACGGAACUAGUCCUAUGUGUCUGUGGUGAAAUCCUCGUCGUAGACUACCACAAAGUCGCGCGUGGGCGUGUGAUAUCCGCUUUACCUGAAGCAGGGGUACCUGUAGAUCCGAGAGAGGCGAAAGUGCGAGGCGGACCGAUGGUGGCGGUAAUCUUUUCAUUACUGGCAAUUCACUGUAAUUAUUGACGUCUGCAAGCGCUGCACUUUCCCUUUUGAUGUUCUUACUUCGCUGUCACUACUAACAUACUACUGAUUGUUCCUUAUUGACGUCUGCAAAGACAUUCUAUAACUUUUUGAAUCUGUCGUGUUCUCAAGAACGUGUUCAGAAAACGUGUUCUUCUCGACCCAACUAGUAUGCGUUUUUGCAAAACAGAUAUCCUCCUCGUCCGAGAGUGGUGAUUCUCAGCAGCGCUUGAUGCCUUUGCACAGUAUUUUGACCGCGUUUCAGAGCCAUGAGGAAACCCGGACUCAAGAAGCUUCCCAGGAGGAAAUAGCCGCGUUGCCUAAACGAAUGCUAAGAAAAACGGACAAGAUUGAAAACGAGGAUAACCGCGCGUGUCGGAUUUGCAUGGAGGAUUUCUUCGAUGAGAGUGAAGGCCCCUGCCCAGAGGAAGUGGAAGUCCGGACACUACCUUGCUUGCACUUUUUUCAUACGAAGUGCAUAGACCAGUGGCUUGCGGUGAACAAGGUUUGUCCGACCUGCAGACAUGAGAUCUAGCGUUGCAUCAAAGGGCUUCAGGCUCUAUUGGUCAAUUAUAUUUGUUCACAUACCCCCAACGUCAUUUCACAACAGAGUCAUUUCCGUCAUACCCCCUUCUAGCAGGUGGUACAUUUUCAAUAUGUAGUCUCCUGACAGACGUGAUGGAAAGGCAAAUAUGUAACUGCAUUCCUUGGUAAAAUACGACUUUGUCUUUUUGAUGAAAUACCUACUGAACGAAUAGGGCUUCAGGCUCUAUUGACCAAUAGAGCCUGACGUUGGGGACAUGAAAUCAAAGGGAUUCAGGCUCUAUUGGUCGAUCAUAUUUGUCGAAGUCAUGUGGUGCAAAAUCUGAUGAUUGACGCUACAAUGUUGUCAUAGAAACACUUUAACCUUUUGUUGGGAAUACAGAUAUGGUCUACUUUUCGAGAAUACAUCAACCUCGCAGCAUGAGAUACCGCAUUUUUAACAUCCGUUGUGGACGAGAUGCUUCGUCUGCUUCUACCCAC